AUGAGGGUUACACGUAGGAUAUUCUCAGCAUCAAGAGCAGGAAUCGAUGCUGCAUCGAAGACUGUCAGCAAGCAUGUAACAACACAAAGACCCCGCCCUUACUCAACUCACCCUCCCAAAGCACGACUGAAUGUUCCCACCGACUUUUCGACAACUCCUCUACUCGCUCACAGAUCCCAAUCUGCCCUUCAAAAUGAAGAGCUAUCUCCUGAAGCGCGAAAUGGUACCACACAGCAGAUGAACCUUUUCCAGUCCAUAAACGAUGCAUUGUCAAUCGCAUUAGCCUCGGAUGAUUCGGCACUCUUAUUUGGUGAGGACGUCGCCUUUGGCGGUGUUUUUCGUUGUAGCAUGAACCUGGCAGAGAAGUACGGUUCUGAUAGAGUAUUUAAUACACCUUUGAGCGAACAGGGGAUUUUAGGCUUUGCAAUUGGAGCUGCAGCUGAGGGGGCGACAGCCGUGGCGGAGAUCCAAUUUGCCGACUAUGUCUAUCCAGCUUUUGAUCAAUUGGUAAACGAAGCAGCCAAAUUUCGAUACAGAGAUGGUGAGGCUGGAAGAAAUGUUGGUGGCUUGACUGUGAGAAUGCCUUGCGGUGGUGUCGGACAUGGCGCAUUAUAUCAUUCUCAGUCGCCAGAAAGUUUGUUCACACACAUUCCUGGCUUGCGAGUUAUAAUGCCACGUUCUCCAAUACAAGCGAAAGGUCUUCUACUGUCUGCAAUCGCAAGUAAAGAUCCUUGCGUCUUCAUGGAGCCAAAAGCUUUGUAUCGAGCUGCUGUUGAACAAGUUCCAACUGCUCCGUACACUUUACCGUUGUCCAAGGCCGAAGUUUUGAGCGAGGGAUCGGAUCUGACUAUUGUCUCAUAUGGUCACCCUCUUUACACUUGUAGCUCAGCGAUCGAGAAGGCAGAGAAAGACUUUGGGGUCAGUAUCGAACUAAUCGACCUUCGCACAGUGUAUCCAUGGGACAAAGAGUGCGUGUUGAAGAGUGUAAGGAAAACCGGAAGAUGUUUAGUCGUUCACGAGAGUAUGGUCAAUGCUGGCAUUGGCGCUGAGGUAGCAGCAAGCAUACAGGAGGAUAAGGAGACCUUCCUGAGACUAGAAUCUCCAGUAUCUAGAGUUGCUGGGUGGAGCAUCCACAUGGGUCUUCUUUACGAACGAUUUAACAUCCCGGACGUUGCUAGGGUGUAUGAUACAAUUAAAAGCACCCUGGAAUACUGA